AUGGAUAAUUUCACAUCGUUUAAUGGAGGGGCUGGAAGUCCAAUUUCUGAUGACCCAUUCGGGUUCUCCGAUCUCUUGAACUUUGAUGGCUAUGCUGAGCUAUGCAGCUCCUCAAAUUCAGAUCAGGUUUUGUCCCCUUCGGGCUUCGCAGGGACUCAAGCGUCACCCGGAAGUUGGGCUCCUUUUGCUCCGCCUGCCCGAGUGGGUGAGGAGGGGACGGUCAACUCUGGUUCCGUUUACACCACUUGCAGGGGGAAACCGGCACCCGAGAGAAGCAACAUGCGAUUCGGCUUCUCGUCGAAUUCCUCCCGCAUGGAUAACUCAGGAACCAACAGCAGCAGCUCCGGUGCUUUUGAGAAUUCCUCAGAUGUCGGGAGGAGUGUGGUUCCCAGAUCCUUGGGCAGCUCUAUCUCGCUUGCUGACAGGAUGCUCAAAGCGCUAUCUCUGUUCAAGGAAUCCUCAACUGGAGGAAUACUUGCUCAAGUGUGGAUGCCGGUUAAACAGAGGGAUGAGUUCGUGUUGAGCACUUCAGAGCAACCUUAUCUGCUGGAUCAAAUUCUUGCAGGGUACCGGGAAAUCUCCAGGACAUUUACCUUUUCGCCGAAGGAGGGGUCGGGCUGUUUCCAGGGGCUUCCUGGGCGGGUUUUUACCUCAAAAGCCCCCGAGUGGACGUCCAAUGUGAGUUACUACAGCAAGAAUGAGUACUUGCGGGUCAACCACGCCCUUGCUCAUGAAGUUCGCGGAUCUCUCGCCCUACCAGUUUUGGAUACCACUGAUGGAUCAUGCUGUGCAGUGCUUGAGCUGGUCACAACGAAAGAGAAAUCUAAUUUUGAUCCGGAGAUAGAUACUGUCUGCAAGGCUCUCCAGGUUGUCGACCAUCUCUGUGGCUUUUUUUUUUUCCUUUUUUUUCCUUAUGUUGAUUCAGAUCGAAAAAACUCUCUUCCUGGAGCUUCUUUUUCUCUGAUCUCUAUUUGUUCUUGUCCUCUUAUUGAUUCUCAGAAUUAUCCGAGGUUAACUCAGAAUUAUCUGGGACUUUACACUGCUUAGAACAUGUCCUUACUUUUAUUUUUCUCCUCCCAGUCCUCUGAUUAUGUUUUAUUCUUUCGAGAUUUCUAUGCUUAAAUAAUGCGUUGAUGAAUUCCACCUUUUGUGUAACUAAUGUUCUGAUGCGUCUGAUAUCUUUUGAUGUUAAAUGGAAGGAAAUAUUCAAAUUGAAAAUCAGCAUUCAUGGUCACAAUUAGUAAAAUGUCUUUGAUUGCUGAUAUACACUUGCUCCACAGCUAUUUAGGCCCUUCUCAAUACUUUCAGUCUGGAUGCAGCUAAUCUUCUCACCCCGUCCCUCUCCAUUUCAGGCAGUGAAUCUGAGGACUGUGAGAACCCAAGAGCACAAUCAGGUAUGCUUUUUUGGCCGAUUUGUAUUCUCUGCCAUUACAAUUUUUUUCACUGGACAUAAUUGUGAAGAGUUACUCGGCCAUCUGACUCACAGAAAAUUAGCUAUUAAAUCAUAUAUUUAUUUACUUACAUAGUAAUCUAUGCCGGAGUAUUCGUAGCAUGCCCUCUCACGUGCAAGACGACUUUUUGGGCUUCGUCCCAUGGACAUGGGAAGCAACCAUCCUUCUGUGAUAAUCGGUAUGGGCCUAUUCUUUAACACAAAUAUCUUUCUUGUUCUUCAGCAGGUCACAAAAAGUCAGAGAGUUGCUUUUGUGGAGAUUGUGGAUGUUCUUAGAGCCGUCUGCCAUGCACACAUGUUACCGCUGGCGCUGACCUGGACCCCAUGCUGCUAUGACGACGAAAAGAGCAACGGAUAUAGGGAGAAUGCCCACGGAGAUAGCUCAGAAUCAUCCCUAAAGUCUUUGAUGUUACACAUUCAAGAGUCAGCUUGUUAUGUCAAUGACAUGAAAAUGCUGGGCUUUGUGCACGCCUGCUCGGAGCACCACCUCAAGAAAGGCCAGGGGGUCGCCGGGAAGGCGUUUGAGUCCAAUUUUCCCUUCUUUUCUGCAGAUAUAAAGGAGUAUGACAUCCAUGAAUACCCGUUCGUCCAUCAUGCCCGAAGGUUUGGGCUGCAUGCCGCCGUUGCCAUCAGGCUAAGAAGCGCCCACACUGGGAACGACGACUACAUAUUGGAAUUCUUCCUCCCGGUCAACUGCAGGGGCAGUGUUGAGCAGCAGCUCUUGCUGGACAAUCUUUCAAGCACCAUGCAGAGACUCUGCAAGAGCUUGAGGACGGUCUCCAAUGUGGAGGUAAUGGCGAGUGGCUCCGGUAGCCUUGACUUUCAGCAGGGAUGGAGUGGCUAUCCUGUGACGAAUAUGCCCCGACACCAGCUUCAGCCGGGGAAGCCAAGCAUGGGAUCGAGCUUAUCUGCCAGCCUGAACUUACAAGAAGGCAGUGAUGAAAGGGAGAUCCAUCUUGAUAAGGUACUGGGCUCUGUUUUGUGUACACAUUCCUGGGAUAUGUCUUUGUAUCACAUUUUUUUACGAUGCUUAGAUUGUCUUUUCUUGAGUAACAUUUGUGCCCAUCAUUGGUUUAUAUCUGUAAAUGAUCUCCUCAAAUGAUGGAGAAUGUGAGUGUCUCUGUACUACUUUCAUCGUACCCGUUGCAUAAUCUUGCUUGGGACGGUUGCAUAUUUAAUGAAGAAUGGCCUUUUUUUUCUUGGAUUUAAAGUUAAUUAUUCUAUUGACGUGAAAAAAAUAUUUUGAAUGGAGGCAGAUAUAAACAGAAGCAAUCUACAAUUUUCCUGCGAUAAGUUUCAGUAUUACAAUUUUUUUACUAUUUGUAGAAAUUUUCUUGAGUAAUUUUUAUACCCUCCAUUGGUGUUUAUUUCAUGUAUUUGGAAAUAAAUUUGUGUAGAUGAUCUUCUCCAAUGAUGGGGGAGGAGGGAGCCUCUGUACUGCUUUCGAGAAUGGGUGGUGUAUUUUAUUUAGAAUGGGUUUUUUCGUGGAUUAUUAAAAAAAAAUCAUGUGAUUUGCAUGAAAAUUAAUCCGGAAAAGAAGCAAUCUACAAGACAACGGAAAGCAAGAACCGAUUGCCAGAGUUUUGAGAGUGAUUCCUUGGAGAGGUCAACACUUCACCUGGAGAUUGCUUGUUUUGCAGGUGAUGGGAGGUGGUUCAACGGCGGCGCAUCUUGAGAAGAAACGAAGCACGGCUGAGAAGAACAUCAGCUUGAGCACCCUCCAGCAGUACUUCUCCGGCAGCCUCAAGGACGCCGCCAAGAGCAUCGGGGGUGAGCUUCUCUCUCUCUCUCUCUCUCUCUCUCUCUACCUCCCAUGUUGUUAUCCUGAUUAACCCUCAAAAGUCAACGCUGAUUACUGACUCAUUGGGAUGGGCAAUCCGACCUUGGUGCCUGGCAGUUUGUCCGACCACCCUGAAGAGAAUCUGCAGACAGCACGGGAUCUCGAGAUGGCCGUCUCGCAAGAUAAACAAAGUCAACCGGUCGCUCAAGAAGAUCCAGACCGUCAUUGACUCUGUCCAGGGGGUGGAGGGUUCCCUGAAAUAUGACCCGGUGACUGGGAGCUUCAUUGCGGCGGUCACCUCCUCCGACAGGCCGGCCAUGAGGGCCAUAGAACCGAUGCUCUGUGAAACGGCGCCGCCGCCGUUUCAGAGGAAGCCGGAGGAGGAGGAGUGCGCAAAACCGGGAAGAGUCAACAUCUCCGGCGCCGACAGGGUUGCCUCCGGCGAGGCCGGCUUCUUCCCGGCGCAGGAUGAGGCCCCUCCCACGGUGUGGGAGGCUUCCGGCAAGUGGUCGAGCUCCGUGGCGGCGGCCGACGACGGAGGAGACGCCGGCGAGAGGGCGGACCAGAACCACCUGAGCUCCUCCGGGAUGACGGACUCCUCCAACGCUAGUGAGUCGAGCUCGCAGACCUUCAAGAAGGGCUUCAAUGGCAGCGACCACGACGGCGAUCCCGGCGCCGCCGCCGCCGUCACCGUCAAGGCCACGUACAGGGAGGACACCGUGCGGUUCAAGUUCUUCCCCGAGAUGGGGUGCCUCCAGCUGCUGGAGGAGAUCGGGCGGCGCUUCAAGCUGGCCACCGGGACCUUCCAGCUCAAGUACAUGGACGACGAGGAAGAGUGGGUCCUCCUGGUUAACGACGACGACCUCCGGGAGUCGAUCGAGAUCUUGGAGUUCUCUGGGACGCGCAGCCUCAGGGUCCUCGUCCGCGAUCUUCCUUGCUCCAUCGGCAGCUCCGCCAGCAGCAACUUCCUCCCUUCGGAGCGAUGA